UCUUGUAUUUGUCUAUAUAAAUUCAUGAUCACCCUUCAUUGUACCCCUGCCUAAUGGUUUGCAGAGGUUUAGUGGUGAGCAGAGCUUUCUCUUUUUUGCAGUGCACUAGUCAUUUUGGCUAAGUGGAGAGAUAUCUAAUUGGUCAGUUAUUGUCCUGCCUUGUUAUUUCAGCUUUGCACGAAUGAUCGGAUCAAGAAGGCAGUGUAUAUGCAUUUGGCCAGAAUCUCAUGAUUGACUUUGUUCUUAAAGGGGUCCUCCACCCAAAAAUUGUUUAUCCCUUUCUGAUCUCUGGGUCUGACCUACCCACCCUACAUAUUUCUGGCCAACCCACCCACCAUUACUGGGCAAUUCUCAAACAAAAUGAAAUCAAAUUUGAGAAUCUAUUCAAUGCGGGUCUGGAAAAGCCUGACCCGCACAUCAGUAGGUUUUUUUAUUUACAAGGAAAGUGGUAUGGCCCUUCAAUGCAGCUGUGGUUUUUUUUUUGUUUCCAUGGGCCUGGGAAUAUCCCAGCUGCUUUUUGACUGAUAAGAGCCGUGUCCUUGCCCAGUUAGCAGGUGCCUGAUAUGUACCUGCCUAUUACCUGCUUCAAUUGACCCUCUUGCUGCUCUCCAUUCAUUUGAGUGCUCAGGCUCUGAAAACCCCACACUUAAAUUAUAUGAAUGUCUCCUUUCUAUUGCUCUAUUCUGCUUCUCUCCCUCCUUCCCCACCUACCCACAGCUCAGGAUCAGCCAGCUCACAGUAGGUUUGAAUACAAGUACAGUUUCAAGAGACCUCACGUGACACUUCCUGAUGGAACAUUGCCUUUCUGGGACAAAUAUGGAGAUGCUAUUGCCAGUCCAGAUGAGGUGCGUCUGGUUCCAUCUCUAAAGCUACAUAGUGGAUCCAUGUGGACCAUCCACAAUGCCUCCUUCCCACACUGGGAGGUUGAAGUGUCCUUUAGAAUUGCAGGACAUGGACGUCAGGGAGCAGAAGGACUGGCGUUGUGGUACACGAAGGAACCUGGACGUUUAGGACCAGUAUAUGGCUCUGCAGAUUUCUGGGAUGGUGUAGGAAUAAUAUUUGACACUUAUGAUAAAGAUCACAAGGACAAUAACCCGGCUAUAUUAAUUGUUGGAAACAAUGGCGAGCUGAGUUAUGAUCACGCCAGUGAUGGUUCAAGUCAGGCCCUAGGCUCCUGUAUGUACGAUUUCCGGAAUACUAUACGACCUUUCAGGGCAAAAAUCCGAUACUACAGGAGGACACUACGGGUCUCCGUAUUUAAAGGUCUGUCCCCAAGUAACGAUGUGUUUGAGCUGUGCGCGGAGGUGCAGAACAUGGUGAUCCCUUCUUCUGGUUACUUUGGAAUAUCUGCAGCGACAGGAAUUAUUGCAGAUGACCAUGAUGUACUCUCGUUCUUGACAUACAGUCUGAGUAGGACUUGGCAGGAGUCUCCUGUGUCGCAGAUCCCGGACUCUGAAAAGGAAAAGUUUGAAAAAGAGUUUGAAGAGUUUCAGAAGGAACUAGACAAAAAUAUCCAGGAUUUUCAGAAAGAGCAUCCUAAACAGGAUGAUGAUGCCUUUGAAUCAGAGGGUCAGCGAGAGCUAGACAUGAUUCUGGGAGGACAAAACCGUGUGCUGGAGGAGCUAAAGGUUUUGAAGGGGAGACUGAGUAUGACUGUGGAGGAGCAAAAGAGGUUCAGAGUUAAUCUGAGUGGUUCGGCAGCCAAUGAGACCACAACUGUGAAGAAGGAACAGGUUGAAGAUAAAUUGAAAGAUGCAGUGAAUGGAAUCCGAGAACUUUUGGUCAAGGUGCAAGAAUUAAAAGGAAACAUUGUAAAGGUGGCAGAGAAAGCUAAAGACUUGCAUCCUUCUCCGAGCAGCAACUUUACUGAGGAUUUCAGCAUGAUUAAGAAAAACCUACAAAGCCUGGUCAAAACUUCGGGCAGCACACACAACUUGCCAUGUCCAACCAGCACUGACCACUCUUCCUGCUUAACAAGUGGCAUUUUUAUUACAUUCCUGCUUCUCCAGAUCAUAUGUUCAGUGUUUUAUCUGUUAUUCAGCAAAAAGGAUUGUGGCACUAAGAAAGUUUAUUGAAGGGUGAGUGUGAAGAACAGAAAUUCAGACUUCAUCAGAAGGCUCUUUGGCUCUAUUAAAUGCAAGCUGUCUAAUUCUGAAUAUUCUGUAGUUAAAAUAGUAAAUGUAGCACACAUGCAAACUGUAAUUCUAUCAGUUUUUUUAAAUCUAGAUUGUGGAAAUUAAAAAUAUUUCAUGUUAACAAAA